AUCUAUCUAUCUAUCUAUCUAUCUAUCUAUCUAUCAUGCACUUGUCAUACACUCUUAAACGUUCCAAAGGGUGGUUUCUGCAGUGAUUACAAACAAGAUUCAAGAACCAUAUUUUUCUUAGUGUAAAGUACAUUGAAAAAAAAACGAAAAACUACUAUAUUCCCACUAUAUUUAUGCAUUGGAACGUUUCCAUGGAUUUUAAAGGUUCUUUAUGGAGCCACACUUUUUAAGAGUGUAUGUCAGGGGUAGGCAACGUCGGUCCUGGAGUGCCGAUGUCCUGCAGAGUUUAGCUCCAACCCUGAAAAAACCCUCACUUGUCUGUAGCGUUAGGAACCGUUGUCUAUCCCUGGUGUAUAUCACCAUAUCGAUAGAGAAUGUUACAGUGUAUUUAUAACACAAGUGUUGCGUUUAUAUAUAUAAAUGACAUGAAUGGAGAGAGAAUGUAGUAAUGUACUAUGUGUAAAAAUCUUAUUCAAAGUUUGUAAUACGUAUAAAAUAUCAAUCUACUAUCAACACUAAUAGUUUUGGCUGUUUGUGUCCGCAUAUUUGGCAAUUGGUCGUACGGUUCGUGUUUUCGGUAACUAAGCGUGUGUGUGGGAUGGGCCGCUCGCUCUGCUGAGAGACUGAUAGAGCUCGAGCUGCUCACACACACUGGCCGUGUCAUGUCACGCGAGGGCAGAAAGAUUGCGCUGAUCUCCCCAUCCACGACCCGGCGGACGGACGAGGACAUGUAUUAGAAGACCCAUGAUGAAUCGCGCUGAGAUGGAGAUGUCAGGGCCAGGUAUGAGCCGACCCAGACGCACAGUGAAGAGGAGACGGUGGGGAAGACUGAGGCAGCAAUGGAAACUGCUGGGUCUGUUUGAGAUCGACCAGCAGCAUGAGUUUUACAGUCUCACCUGUAUGAUGAAGGAAGGGCUGUAUGCCGCUGUGCAGAACACCAUUGACAGCCCUUUACCUGAUGAGUUGUCUGAGAAAGACUACAAUCUUGAGGUUACUCAAAUCCAUAAGGACUUCAGGAUGGAGACGUACGCUGGGCCGGUGUUUGCCAGUCUGCGGCGCUCCCUGGGGAUGACAGAGAAGGAAUAUCAGCAGUCUCUCUCCUCUGAAGGCAGCUACCUGCAAUUCAUCAGCAAUUCCAAGAGCAAGGCAGACUUCUUCCUAACUAAUGACAAGCGGUUUUUCUUAAAGACACAGAGUAAAAGAGAAGUGCGAUUUCUCUUGUCUAACUUGAGAAUCUACAUGGAACAUCUGGAGAAGUACCCACACUCUCUGCUCGUCAAAUUUUUAGGUGUUCACAGGAUCAAAAUGGCACAUCAGAGGAUGAAGUACUUUAUUGUGAUGCAAAGUGUCUUUUACCCUGAUGACAGAAUCACAGCAAGGUAUGAUAUAAAGGGCUGUGAGAUGAGCCGGUGGACGGACCCAGCCCCUGAAGGCAGCCAGAUCAUUGUUGUUUUGAAGGAUCUUAAUUUUGAAGGACAGUUCAUUAAGUUAGAUCAGCAAUGCCCUUGGUUCCUGCGUCAGGUGGAGAUUGACACUGCCUUUCUUCAAACGCUCAAUGUGUUGGACUACAGUCUCCUGCUGGCCCAUCAGCCCCUGCACCAGGAUGAACUCAGCCAGAGUCUCUCUUUCGCAACACUCAUCAUGCGUGCCAAAAAGUCAGUAAAUGCAACAUCCAGUCCUACACAUGCCACUUCACCAACUGUUCCCGGGGUGGUGGCAGAGGAAGACUCCGCACCCCUCUCCUCAGAAUUACAUUCAACACAGUGUCACAUGCCCAGUGGCAAUGAUGGAACGGACAUCGCAAGUCUUGAGGAAGACAGAAUUGAGCAACCCAGUAGAGUGGGAGCAGAGUCAGCUGAUCUACAAAUGUUCCAGGCCCAGAACCGGAGACUACUUCCCAACUUCAAGAACCCGCUUCAUGUCAUUGAUGGACCAGAGCAGCGUUACUUCAUCGGGAUAAUUGACAUCUUCACUGUUUAUGGUUUCAAAAAGAGGCUUGAGCACCUGUGGAAAAAACUGAGAUACCCACGACAAACAUUCUCCACAGUCAGUCCUCCAGCUUACUGUCACAGGCUGUGCCAGUGGGUUCAGGACCACACCAAAUAAAAGAGCGCUUGGAUGACGGAUGGACACACUGUUCACACAUCUGACUCAUACAUACCUCAUAAUGUUAACACAGUGGAAAGGAUCUGAAUCUACAUUCGAGGGCAAACGUUUUUAUAGCUUUUUGUUUAAAUAAAGACAAUGCUAAUGCAAGUACUUGUUGGAACAUGAAAAAUGCAAAAGUUGUAUUAAUUUCAAAUUGUUACAUAAGUUACAGUGCAGUGAUUGUGCAUAGGGAUGAAACCUAUUGUGAAAACAUGUAAGAGCAAAGGAGAGUGUAAGUUUUGUUUUAAGCAUGUUUUCAAAUGAUAAAUUAAUUAUGUAAUGCUGGUUACAUAUAUGCCAUUUAUUGAAAAGAACAUUGCUACCGUUUGAUUACCAGCUGCCCAGACAGAAAGGCUUUUGAGACUUGCAACUUCUCAUCAAAAGCAGGGUCCCUUCCUUCCUGCUGUCUGUCACGCUCAGAAACUCUUAUGUGAAGCUACAUAAGUGGGCAUUCAAAUGUUUUCAGAAAUAUUUAUGCAGUAUAAUAAAUAUAAUGUUAAAAUAGCC